AUGUACGCUGCAACUUGCAAAGUUUUUGAAGUUCUUAGUGACUAUUCUCCAAAUGGAAGAGCUAAGGCUAAAGUUCGGGGAAUUUACAGAAACAUGGCAAGCUUUGAAUUUGUGUUCAUUUUGCACUUGAUGCAUAAAAUUAUGAGAACAACAGAUACUCUUUGUCAAAUUCUUCAAAGAAAAUCUCAAGACAUUUUGACUGCUAUUACAUUUGUCUCUACUACCAAAACCAUCCUUCAAAAACUUAGAGAAUGCGGGUGGGAAGAAUUUCUUCAUGAAGUGAAAGUUUUUUGUUCGAGAAAUGAUAUUGAUGUGCCUGACCUUGAUUGCCUAUAUAAGAUUGGUCGUUCUCGUCAGCAAACUACAAUUGAGCAUCAUUAUCACUUUGAUGUUUUUAAUGUAGCAAUAGAUUUCAUUUUGAUAGAGUUAAAUACUCGGUUCAAUGAGUCAUCAGUGGAACUUCUUUCUCUUAGUACAGCUUUAGAUCCGAAAAAUUCAUUUGAUUCAAUUAACAGUAAUGAUAUUUGCAAACUUGCAAAGAAGUUUUAUCCUGAAGAUUUCACAAAUCAAGACAUCGUUGCUUUGGAAUAUGAAUUGGUACAUUAUAAACUUGAUGUGAUGCAAAAUUUGAAGGCUUCUACACUUGUUGAGUUGUGUCAGCAAUUGACUGAGAGUGGGCGGUCAAAGGUUUACAUUAUGUUAACUAGAUUGAUUCAUCUCGUUUUGACAUUAUCUGUUUCUACUGCCACUACUGAGCGAGCCUUUUCAGCAAUGAAGCAUGUGAAGACGGCACUUCGCAAUAAAAUGGAGGAUGAUUUUCUUGAAGAUUGUUUGACACUCUAUAUUGAACGAGAUUUAGCUAAAGAUAUAGAUAUAGAUUCUAUUAUAGAUGAAUUUUAUGUUUCAAAAUCUCGUAGGGCACAACUUUGUUGA